CAGGAAAAAGGUCAAAAUAUGACCCGCUUCCGUACCGAUAUCACAUUGUAUCCAUCUAUUGAAUUCGGUUGCACAUUAUGCUCUCACAAAAAGACUGAACUUAACAUACACGUCAAUACUACAGACUGCAGUUAAAAUGGGAAUGUUAUUAGGAUUUAACGCCCUUCGAAAUGGUCUUCGCUCGUCAUAUAAAUUCGGAGCGUUGUCUUCGAUAAAAUGCCACCGUCCUAUCAUACCGAGUCAAACGACGUCUAAAGUUGGGUCAAAUCGAUGUAAGUAUACAAUCAGCUACGCCCAUGGUCAUGACUUUGACCAGAAGACAAGUUUUCCUCUCAUACCUAACACAAUUGGUCAAUUACUGGACAUAGCAACUGAGAAAGCACCCGAUCAGGAGUACGUCAUCUUCCCCGAUCAACGAUUGUCCUACUACCAAUUUAGACAACAGGUUGAUCGUCUAUCAGCUGGUCUACUCUCUCUUGGUGUCAAUCGAGGUGAUCGUAUUGGUAUCUGGGGACCAAAUACUCUAGAAUGGGUCUUAACCAUGUUUGCUACCAUACGAAUAGGCGCCAUCUUGGUUAACCUCAACCCUGCUUACCAAGCCAAAGAUAUAGAAUAUGCUCUGAGAAAGGUUGGCGUCAAAGUUCUGGUAGCAGCACGUCCAUUCAAGAUACAGAACUACUAUAACAUAUUAAAUGAGAUUUGUCCUGAACUUGAGACAUCAUCACCGGGUACUCUGAAGAGUAAAAGACUGCCUGAUUUGAAAUCCAUCAUCAUGAUGGGUGAAGAACAUCAUCCGGGUACCUUCUUAUUCGGUGACGUCAUGGAUAUGGGUGGGAGUGAAGAGCAUGACGUCAUCGAUCGGUGCAGAAAGAGUCUCCAGUUUGAUGACGUAGCCAAUAUCCAGUUUACAUCGGGUACAACUGGUGAUCCUAAAGCAACAGGCCUGACUCAUUUUCACAUAGUCAAUAAUAUGAAUAUUCAUUGCGGUCUUUUUCCAGCCCACAAGCCUCAGAGUAUGUGUGUACCGACUCCAUUAUUUCAUGCCUUUGGGAUGUUUGUUGGUAUACUCGGCGUUCUCACACAGUGUAAGCUCGUCUAUCCAUCUCCAGGCUUCGAUGCCCUAGCUUGCUUGAAAGCGAUGCACGGUGAAAGGUGCACAAGGUGGUACGGAAUCCCUACAAUGUUAAUUGAUAUGCUUCAUCAUCCCGAUCACAUGACCUUUGACCUCAGUGAGUGGGAAUUUAUUAUUACUGGUGGAGGCUAUGUGCCAUCGGAAGUGGUUCAUCAACUGCGAAGUGCCUUCCCAUCUCUCCAAGAUACCAUUAUUGUUUAUGGAAUGACUGAGAUGGGUGGAAUGAUUACGUGUGGUCGAACCAAUGAUCCUGAUGAUGUUAGAUACUCAACAGUUGGACGUCCAUAUCCAUGGUCUGAGAUAAAGAUAGUUGAUCCAUCAACUGGUGAGAUCGUUCCUAUCGGAGAGCCGGGUGAGCUUUGCGGAAGAUCACCGAGUAAUAUGACAGGAUAUUGGAAAGACGACAGAAGGACGAAAGAAACAAUCGAUCCUUCUAGAUGGCUUUAUUCUGGUGAUCUUGCUAAAAUGAACGAAGAUGGUUACAUCAGUAUAGUGGGUCGUAUUAAAGACAUGAUCAAUAGAGGAGGAGAAAACAUCUUUGCUGUUCAUAUUGAAGAUCAUCUUCACAAACAUCCGAAAGUUGAAGACGUUCAGGUCGUUGGAGUACCAGAUAAGAGAUUGAUGGAAGAAGUGUGCGCAUGCGUCAAACUGAAAGCUGGUGUCACGUGCACUGAAGAUGAGAUAAGAGAUUUUUGCAAAGGACAGUUGGCCCAUUAUGAGGUACCUCGCUAUGUAGAAUUCGUAUCAAACUUCCCAUUGACCACGUCAAACAAAGUCCAGAAGUUUAAACUCCGAGAAGAAAUGGCAAAGAGACUCAAGUUAGACGACAUUGACAUGUUCCAGAAUUAAUAAGUGGGUUGUUUAAACUUUUUAAAACAACCCUCCUCUGCACACAGGCAGUGGUAUUGCUCCCUUCUCUUCUAAAAUCGUCUACAACAUUAGAUCAAUUCAAACAAAAUUUGAAGGCGUUUUCUAUUCUAAUAUCCUCACUAUAGACUUGACAUAGGGCCUUUUCACCGUGAAUCUUGAAUCAUCAUUGUAAUUAUGAUUGCUAUUAUAAUCGUGACUGUGAUUAGCGUUCGUGAUUCUAAUCAUGUUCGAGUUUGGUUUCACAUGUGCUAAAUAUUCGUUAUUAGCCUUAUUUUUCACUGGAAUAAUCAUUCAAAUUGCGAUUUUUUACCGUGUGAAAGGGCGGAAAGUUGAAUUGAAUUGGAACUGUUGAAAGCUAUCACACAACCAAAGGGAGGUAGGCCCCUUUCUCUAAGACCCCUCCCCGGGACGUUAAUCAUUUCCAUGUACAUUUAAGUACCCCUCCCUCCUCCCAAAUAUCACAAUCUGUCUAUGGUCCUGCUAAUUUUUGUGAUUUUACUAGCUAAAAGAAAGAAAUAUCUAUUUACAAACGAUCUGAAAUAUACUUAUUCUGUAAUCUAAAUGUGGAUAGCUGGUCACAAGAGCGGUUCAUAUACCUUUUCUACGUCGUGUAUCAUAUUUUGUAUAUAUUUGUUAUGGUUUAUAUCAUUGUGGGAAUAAUUGAUUUGAUUUGAAAACAAGGUGAUUAUCCAAACAAACCCCCAACAUAUCUAAGGGUAUUAUACAGCAGUCAUAUUUCAAUAUUUACUAGAUUUAUUUUUCUAUGGUAAUGAUGUAAUAAUUAUUGCAUUUAUUCAUAUUGAUUUUAAAUCUUUUUGUGGAAUGGAAUGACUUAUAGUUGAGUUGAAUUGGAAUUGGUUUCAAAUUAAAUUGAACUGACUUGAUUUGCAAUUGACUUGAACGGUUUUGGGAUUUGAGAAGGACAUCCCCAAACUAAUAUACUUAAAGACAAUUCCAUAUUUCAAUAUUUUUUUAUUGUGUAUUGUACAUACCAGUCAUAUUUUCAAUCUCAGUACUCUGCAAAAUGUAUAUAUCAAAACAAAAGUUUUAAUGAGGUGAAGAGGUAUUUCGUUUUGGAAAAAAAAUCUUUUAUAAAAUUAUGAUUAACUUGAAAAAUUAUGGUCUCCCUUCAGUCGUCUCUUUGAUGAAUAAGAAUAAUGCAGAGGAAAAUUGCGUUCUUAAUCCAUGGUAAUUCUAUGAGAAGAGAAUUGUAUAUAGACUCUCAGGCCUCUCUACUGUAUCAGUUUAUGUAUACAAUGUAUACUUGCAGUUACUACAAUGUACAGUUUUGUGACCAGGCGUUGUCGAUUGUACUCAAUAGCAUUGUAUGUACUACUGUAAACAACUUUGCUUGUUUAUUAAUCAAUAAAACGCCCUACUGUGGGGU